AUGUCAUCUGGAACUGGGGCUGCGGCUCAGGCUAGCAGUGGGAGUUGGUCAGCCUUCCUCAAGUCAAUUGCCUCGUUUAACGGCGAUCUUUCGUCCCUCACUGCCCCUCCGUUUAUCUUGUCGUCCCAAUCCUUGACCGAAUUCUCCUCAUAUUGGGCAACACAUCCGCCUGUCUUCACCGCUCCUGCUGCCGAGUCCGACCCCGCCAAACGCGCUGUGUUGGUAUUAAAAUGGUUUCUGUCAACACUAAAGCACCAAUAUGCCAGCCGAAGUGAACAGUUCGGGAACGAAAAGAAGCCACUGAAUCCGUUUCUCGGUGAGCUGUUUCUAGGCACAUGGAGUGACGAGGCCGGCGAGACCACGCUUAUAUCAGAACAAGUCAGCCACCACCCUCCUGCGACUGCUUACUGCAUUCGCAAUGAUAAGACCGGUGUCAAACUGGAGGGAUACAACGCGCAAAAAGCAACUUUCAAAAGCACCAUCAUUGUGAAGCAAAUUGGCCAUGCAGUGUUGACAGUCCCCAUUCAGUCAGGUGGGAAGGAGCAGCUAGAACAUUAUCUGAUAACCCUUCCGUCCCUACAUAUCGAAGGCCUUAUUUUCGGCGCACCGUUUGUUGAACUAGACGGUUCAAGUUACAUCAGCAGCUCUAGUGGUUACACUGCCAGGAUCGAUUAUAGUGGUAAGGGUUGGCUCUCAGGGAAAAAGAACAGUGUUGUAGGUACUCUUUACCCCACGGGUAAGGAGAAAGAAGUGCUCUAUAACGUGACUGGCCAGUGGACCAAAGAGUUUGAGAUAUAUGAAGGCCCUGCCAAGAAGAACUCCCUGGCCACCAAAGUAGCUAGUUAUGACGCAGUUGGCACAGCCCAAACCGAGCUUAAUGUUGUUGGAAUAGAUGCUCAGUAUCCUCUUGAGUCUCGACGAGCUUGGGCCAAGGUUGCUAAGGCUAUUCAGGCUGGCGAUAUGGAUACAGUCUCAAUCGAAAAGGGAAAGAUCGAGCAGGCUCAGCGAGAUCUUCGGAACAAAGAGCGAGCUGAGGAACGGACCUGGGAGCGACGCUACUUUUCGGCCGUCCCGGCGGAGGAUCAAGUGCUCAAGCAGCUAGGUGAGGCCGCUGGAGUGCCAUUGAAUGGGGAUCAGGACAAAACCGGCGGUCUGUGGCGAUUUGAUGCGGAGAAAGCUGCCAAGGUCGCUACCCAGAAACUCAGCGCAGACCAACUGCAGGAGAUUGAAAAGGAGGUACUUGGACAAUAG